AAGGCAAGGGCACGCGGUAUUUUCUUCACUGCUGAUCCAUCGUCCACUCACCCUCUCCCUGUCCGCCACCAAAUCCGUUCCCAUCCGCCCCAACACUCCAACCCUUCUUUCGUCCCCUUUCAGUCGAGCCAACGAAUCUCCCACUCCUCCGCACUAUGCUAUAGUCCCUGGAUUCCAGACUGCCGUCGAUUCCUGCGGGAUCUGCCGACUGCCGGGCCGGCGGCCUGAUCGGAGAAAGCGAGGAUGUCAACUCCUGCAAGGAAGAGACUGAUGAGGGAUUUCAAACGACUGAUGCAGGAUCCCCCCGCUGGUAUAAGUGGGGCCCCUCAAGACAACAAUAUUAUGUCGUGGAAUGCUGUAAUUUUUGGCCCUGAUGAUACUCCCUGGGAUGGAGGUACGUUCAAGCUGACACUUCAGUUUACUGAAGAUUAUCCUAAUAAGCCACCUACAGUGCGAUUUGUUUCUCGGAUGUUUCAUCCUAACAUUUAUGCUGAUGGAAGCAUAUGCUUAGAUAUCCUCCAGAACCAGUGGAGCCCGAUAUAUGAUGUAGCAGCUAUACUUACAUCCAUUCAGCUGUCUGAAGAAAGAGAACAGUUAUCAGUAGAAGUGCUACUUUCUAUAUUUACAUAAUUAUUGGUAGUCUUGCUGAGGUGGCUGAUUGCCAACACUAAGUGGAGAGGGCGAGAGGAUGCAUACAAGAUUUGAUUAGGUCUCCUCUCUGUAGGCUCGGUGUACAAUAUACAGUCUUGACUCUUAUUUUUUUGCGGAUAGUCUUGACUCUUAAAUAUGACUAUCGGAAAGGGGAGGAUAAUCCUGUGUACCAAUCCUAGUCUUUGCACAUCUUGCUUAGUUGUGUGGCAAGCAGACGCUGCAGAUUAUAAACGGCAAAUGAACAAAUCACUAGUCAUUUUUAUUGAUUCAGCAUAUUUAUUUUGUUAUAAUGGUGCCA